UGUGUCUCUGUCUCUCUCCUCCACUGGAGUGUGUGGACAGUUUAUCCCUUUAUUCUGCUGUGCCGGUGUUUCCUCCUGAACACUUGAGACAUGUGGAUCUACACACUUCUGUUUGGGCUGCAGAUCUUCAGCUUCCCUCCCCCUGUGUGCGGUCAUCUCUCUGUAACAGCUGAACUCCAUCACCCCGCUCCUCUCCCCUGUCACUGGAAAUGUCCUGGUUCACUCAGAUGGAGCAACAGGUUUCAGAAGGUGGUGUCUCAGUGUGAUCAGAGCUCCUGCAGGUCAGAGGAGGGGUUUAACAUCUCUCAUGAUCAGUACCUGAAGGGGAAGCCGUACCUCACCAUCACUGCAGCUGAUUACAGUAACAGAGGGACAUACACGUGUCGGUGUGAGGACAGUGAGGUCUGUGACGUGCGUCUCUUCGUCCAGAAGGAGCAGUCAGAUCCCCACAGGAAGCAGGAGUGUGUUCUGGCAGUGUGUGUGACAGUGUGUGUGUUUGUGCCGGUGCUGGUUGGAGCUGGGUUUGUGUUCCUGUUAGUGAUGAACCUGCGUCUGAGGAGAGAACUUCAGCAGCUCCGUGGCGGAUCAGCUAACACCAGGCGUGGACAGAAUGAGAUGAACGGACACACCAACCACGAUCUCACCAACCACGAUCUCACCAACCACGAUCUCACCAACCGCGAUCUCACCAACCACGAUCUCACCAACCACAAUCACACCAACCAUGAGGAGAUCUCCGUACACACUGCUCUCACUGACCAGCAGCACUGAACUCUGUAAACCAGUACAGAUAGUCUGAUACUCGUAGUUAUAUCUGUCAGAACCACUUCAUGAGUGUGUGGGUGUGUGUUUAUUAUCAGUCUGAUCUUUGUUUUAUAUUUAGUUUAGUCCUGAUCCAGUCCUGUAUGAAGCCCUUUUCCACUUUUCUGAUUGGCUCAUCUAUUGUCCACUUCUAGUUUGAAUUAACGGCUAGAAGCUGCAUCAUCACGUGCGUUAGUUCGUAUCGGUAUUAUUUUAUUUUCAUCGGCAUAAGGUACAUUUUAUGGUUUUUGUUAGAUAAUUUGUAAUUAAGUAGAUACUUUAAACUAUAGAAUGUAUUGUCUAAUGUGUU